UCCACUCACAGCCAGUGACACUUGCAAAAAAUUCCCAAAGCUGUCUUUGGUUUGGCUUCUGCAGCUCUCAACCAAUGUGGCCAAAGCCAGACACCUCCUUGGGACACUUAGAUUCUCCAUAAAUGCAGCCUGCCCCGACCCUCCCUGAAUAGCAUCUGAAGUCUCCGUGAAGGUCAUGGAUCCUGAACAAAGUGUCAAGGGCACCAAGAAGGCUGAGGGAAGUCCCCGGAAGCGGCUGACUAAAGGAGAGGUCAUCCAGACCAGUGUUUCAUCCAGUGCCCCAUACCCAGGCAGUGCCACCACAGCCACCCAAGAAAGCCCCCUCCAAGAGCUCCUAGCCCCGCAGCCCUUCCCGGGCUCCUCAUCAGUUCUUAGGGAAGGCUCUCAGGAGAAAACAGGCCAGCAACAGAAGCCCCCCAAGAGAUCCUCCAUCGAAGCCUCCGUCCACAUCUCGCAGCUUCCGCAGCACCCUCUGACACCAGCAUUCAUGUCACCCGGCAAACCCGAGCAUCUCCUGGAGGGCUCCACAUGGCAGCUGGUUGACCCCAUGAGACCUGGGCCCUCAGGCUCCUUCGUGGCCCCUGGGCUCCAUCCACAGGGCCAGCUCCUCCCUUCCCAUGCUUCCAUCAUCCCCCCCGAGGACCUGCCUGGCAUCCCCAAAGUCUUCAUGCCCCGUCCCUCCCAGGUAUCCUUGAAGCCCACAGAAGAGGUGCACAAGAAGGAGAAGAAACCCCAGAAGCCGGGCAAGUAUAUCUGCCAGUACUGUAGUCGGCCCUGUGCCAAGCCCAGCGUGCUCCAGAAACACAUCCGCUCACACACAGGUGAGAGGCCCUACCCCUGUGGCCCCUGUGGCUUCUCCUUCAAGACCAAGAGUAACCUCUACAAGCACAGGAAGUCCCAUGCCCACCGCAUCAAAGCAGGCCUGGCCUCGGGGAUGAGCAGCGAGAUGUACCCACCAGGCCUGGAGAUGGAGAGGAUCCCUGGGGAAGAGUUUGAGGAGCCCACUGAGGGAGAAAGCACAGAUUCAGAAGAGGAGACAGGGGCCCCCACCAGUCAUCCCACAGAGGUCUCCACCAGACCUAAGCACCUCCUCCUUUCUAGCGGUCUGUAUGGCUCUGGGAGCCAAGGUUCCAGCCACGAACGUUGUCUCUUAUCCCAGUCUAGCACAUCCCAGUCACUUGAGGACCCUACUCCAUUUUCAGAACCCUCGUCUGAGCACCCCCUGAGCCAUAAACCUGAGGACACCCACACAAUAAAGCAGAAACUGGCUCUGCGCUUAAGUGAGAGGAAAAAGGUGAUUGAUGAGCAGGCGUUUCUGAGCCCAGGCAGCAAAGGGAGCACCGAGUCUGGCUAUUUCUCCCGCUCUGAGAGUGCCGAGCAGCAGGUCAGCCCCCCAAACACCAACGCCAAGUCCUACGCUGAGAUCAUCUUUGGCAAGUGCGGGAGGAUCGGGCAGCGCACAGCCAUGCUGACCUCCACCUCGACCCAGCCCCUCCUGCCCCUGUCCACCGAAGACAAGCCCAGCCUGGUGCCUUUGUCUGUGCCCCGGACCCAGGUGAUCGAGCACAUCACGAAGCUCAUCACCAUCAACGAGGCCGUGGUGGACACGAGCGAGAUCGACAGUGUGAAGCCCAGGAGGAGCUCCCUGUCACGGCGUAGCAGCAUGGAGUCUCCCAAGUCCAGCCUCUAUCGGGAGCCCCUGUCAUCCCAUGGUGAGAAAAUGAAGCCGGAACAAUCACUGCUGAGCCUCCAGCACCCGCCCAACACCACCCCCCCUGUGCCUCUCCUGAGAAGCCACUCAAUGCCUUCUGCUGCCUGCACUAUCAGUACCCCCCAUCCCACCUUCCGAGGGAGCUACUCCUUCGAUGACCAUAUCACCGACUCCGAAGCGCUGAGCCGCAGUCACGUGUUUACCUCCCACCCCCGGAUGCUGAAACGCCAGCCAGCAAUUGAACUACCUUUGGGAGGAGAGUACAGUUCUGAGGAGGCUGGACCAAGCAGCAAAGACACAGUCUCCAAACCUGCAGAAGAAUCAGAACCCAAGGAAAGUGAACUCACCAAAAAGACCAAAAAGGGCUUGAAAACUAAAGGGGUGAUCUAUGAAUGUAACAUAUGUGGUGCUCGGUACAAGAAAAGGGAUAAUUACGAAGCCCAUAAAAAGUACUAUUGCUCAGAGCUUCAGAUCACAAAACCCGUCUCUGCAGGUGCUCACACGUCUUCGGAAGCUGAAAAAAGUCAGGCUGAGCAUGAGCCCUGGUCCCAGAUGAUGCAUUAUAAGCUGGGGACCACCCUGGAACUUACUCCACUGAGAAAAAGGCGGAAAGAGAAAAGCCUGGGAGACGAGGAAGAGCCGCCUGCCUUUGAGCUGACUAAAGGUCAGUUUGGCAGCCCCGGGCCAUCAGAUGCUGCCCUGAACCUUCCCCUUGAGUCCACCAAGUCACCAGCAGAACCAAGUAAAUCAGUGCCCUCCUUGGAGGGAUCCAUGGGCUUCCAGCCAAGGACUCCCAAGCCAGGGUCCAGUUCAGAAUCAGGGAAGGAGAGGAGAACAACUUCCAAAGAAAUUUCUGUCAUCCAGCACACCAGCUCCUUUGAGAAAUCCGACUGUCUCGAGCAGCCCAGUGGCCUGGAAGGGGAGGACAAGUCCCUGACCCAGUUCUCACCACCCCCUCCUGCCCCACACGGAAGGUCAGCUCACUCCCUGCAGCCUAGGUUGGUCCGCCAGCCCAACAUUCAGGUUCCUGAGAUCCUAGUGACUGAGGAGCCUGACCGGCCAGACACUGAGCCUGAACCACCACCUAAGGAGCCUGAGAAGACAGAGGAGUUCCAGUGGCCCCAGCGCAGUCAGACACUUGCCCAACUGCCAGCUGAGAAGCUGCCACCCAAAAAGAAGAGACUGCGGUUGGCAGAGUUGGCCCAGUCAUCUGGGGAGUCCAGCUUUGAGUCCUCCAUGUCCCUGACUCGCAGCCCAAGCCAGGAAAGCAGUGUUUCUCUGAGUGGGUCCAGCCGCUCAGCCUCAUUUGAGAGAGAAGAUCAUGGAAAAACCGAGGCCCCCGGGCCCUCAUCUGACCCACGCUCCAAGCCCUUGGGCACCCACAUGCUGACUGUCCCCAGCCACCACCCACACUCCCGAGAGAUGCGCAGGUCAGCCUCAGAGCAGAGCCCCAACUUAUCCCAUUCUGCCCAGAUGACUGAGACACGAAGCAAAUCAUUUGACUAUGGCAGCUUGACCUUGGCAGGCUCUUCCACACCAGCCCCAGUGGCUCCACUGGCUCCAGCAGCCCCUCCGGAAAGAAGAAAAUGCUUUUUGGUGAGACAGGCCUCUCUGAGCAGGCCUCCAGAAACAGAGUUGGAGGCCAUCCCCAAAGGAAGACAGGAGAUUGAAGAACCACAGCCCUCAUCCAGUAAAUCAUCUACUAAAAGCUUAUUGCCCCAGAUUUCCUCGGCGACCACCUCAGAUAGCGGGCACUCAGGAGGCAAGGGCCAGGUGCAAGACAGACCUUCUCUAGGGUCCACUCCGCCCUACACUGAAGCACUGCAGGUGUUCCAUCAACCCAUUGCCCAACUGCCCCUGCAUGAGAAACCAUACCUGUCCCCACCAGUCUCCCUUUUCUCCUUCCAGCACCUUUUGCAUCAUGAACCAGGACAGUCUUCAGAAUUCUUCUCCACCCAGGCCAUGUCCAGCCUCUUGUCCUCACCGUACUCCAUGCCCCCCCUCCCUCCCUCCUUAUUUCAAGCCCCGCCACUUCCUCUCCAACCUACUGUUCUGCAUCCAGGCCAGCUUCACCUACCCCAGCUCAUGCCUCACCCUGCCAACAUCCACUUCCGGCAGCCCCCUUCAUUUCUACCUAUGCCAUACCCAACCUCCUCAGCACUGUCUUCUGGGUUUUUCCUGCCUCUACAAUCCCAGUAUGCCCUGCAACUCCCCAGUGAUGUGGGAAGCCAUCUGCCCCAGGUCAAAACUAGCCUGGCUCCACUGACAUCAGGAACAGCUGGCCUCUCCCCCAGCACAGAGUACAGCAGAGACAUCCAAGUGCCCUCUAUGCCUCCCCCAGCCACCUCUUCAGCACCCACAUCAGCACUUCCACUGACUCUGCCCACCUGUGACACCAUGGUGUCUCUGGUUGUGCCCGUCCGCAUUCAGACCAACAUGCCGUCCUAUGGGAGUGCGAUGUACACUACCCUCUCCCAGAUCUUGGUCACCCAGUCUCAAGGCAGCUCAGCAACUAUGGCUCUCCCUAAGUUUCAGGAGCCCGCAUCCAAAGGGAUAACUGUGUGUGGGACAGAUGUAUAUGAGGUUGGUCCUGGACUGGCUGGGGUAAGUGAAGAGCAAAGCAGAGGUUUCCCAACUCCAUACCUGAGAGUGCCUGUGACAUUACUGGAAAGAAAAGGCACUUGCCUGUCAUCAGAGAGUGUUUUGAGCCUGGAGGGGAGUUCAUCAACAGCAGGGGGAAGCAAACGUGUCCUUUCACCAGCUGGCAGCCUCGAACUUACCAUGGAAACCCAGCAGCAAAAAAGAGUGAAGGAAGAGGGGGCUUCCAAGGCAGAUGAAAAACUCGAGCUGGUAAAACCGUGCAGUGUGGUGCUUACCAGCACCGAGGAUAGGAGGAGGCCAGAGAAAUCCCACAUAUGCAGCCAGGGCCAGAGCAGGAGGGAGCUGGAAACACUGUCUAGCCUAUCCUCUGAUCCAUCUGACCCAGAGGAGCUUCCUCCCCUUGCUCAUCCUACAUUGCCCCAUGAAACACCACCAGGCUCAGAAGUUUUGAAGGAAUGUGCCCAGCCAUCUAGCAAACCACACCGAAGAUCGUUGCCCACAUUGAGUGUAAAGAAGGAAGAUUCCAAGGAACAACCUGACCUCCCUCCACAGAUGCCUCCCAGCUCGCUGCCUCUGUCAGAAACAUCCCCCAGACCAGCCAAGUUGCAAGAAGGUACGGACUCAAAGAAGGUACUGCAGUUCCCCAGCCUCCACACGACCACUAAUGUCAGUUGGUGCUAUUUAAACUACAUUAAGCCAAAUCACAUCCAGCAUGCAGAUAGGAGGUCCUCUGUUUACGCUGGUUGGUGCAUAAGUUUGUACAACCCCAACCUUCCGGGGGUUUCCACUAAAGCUGCUUUGUCCCUCCUGAGGUCUAAGCAGAAGGUGAGCAAAGAGACAUACACCAUGGCCACAGCUCCGCAUCCUGAGACAGGAAGGCUUGUGUCAUCCAGCUCCUGCAAGCCCCGCAUGACAGAGGUUCACCUCCCUUCGCUGGUUUCCCCGGAAGGCCAGAAAGAUAUAGCUAGAGCCGAGAAGGAAGAAGAGAAGCGAGGGAAGCCAGAGGAGGACGCUCCUGCCUCCAAGAGAGGGGAGCCCGCGAGGAUCAAAAUCUUCGAAGGAGGGUACAAAUCAAACGAAGAGUAUGUAUAUGUGCGAGGCCGCGGCCGAGGGAAAUAUGUUUGUGAGGAGUGUGGAAUUCGCUGCAAGAAGCCCAGCAUGCUGAAGAAACACAUCCGCACCCACACUGACGUCCGGCCCUAUGUGUGCAAGCACUGUCACUUUGCUUUUAAAACCAAAGGGAAUCUGACUAAGCAUAUGAAGUCAAAGGCCCACAGCAAAAAGUGCCAAGAGACAGGGGUGCUGGAGGAGCUGGAAGCGGAAGAAGGAACCAGUGACGACCCGUUCCAGGACUCGGAAGGGCGAGAGGGCUCGGAGGCCGUGGAGGAACACCAGUUUUCAGACCUAGAGGACUCUGACUCAGACUCGGACCUCGAUGAAGACGAGGAUGAGGAUGAGGAGGAGAGCCUGGACGAGCCGUCUAGACCAUCCUCGGAGGCACCCCCACCUGGCCCGCCAGCCAUGCUACGGGCAGACUCCUCGCCUAGGCAGGGCCCUCAGCCCCCAGAUGCUCCCCCUGGCAACCAGGCUGCACGGGGCAGCUCAGUCUCAGAAGCUGAGCACUUGGCAGCCAGCACUGGCUCCACAUCCAGCCAGAGCAUCCUGUGCCUCCCCCAGCUGGGACUGGCCCCUCUGGGCCCCAUGGAGAGGGACACAGUCUUGGCCCUGAGCUCCAAGGCCACGUCGCCGAGAAGGCCGUGGUCUCCGAGCAAAGAAGCCGGCAGCUGCCCACCGCUGGCUCACAAACACUCACUCACCAAAAACGACUCAUUUCCCCAGCGAUACUCACUGGCCCGAGAGCCACAGGCCUCAGUCCCCAGCCCCCCUGGCCCCCAGAUCAGCCCGGGGAGGGACAUGGGCCCUCUCCCUUGUGGGUCCCCAAGACUCGAGCUGUCUCCUCUCAGCCCCAGCCCCCUGCGAAGAGAACUGCCCCCUCGAUCACAUCUGCUCCCUGAGUGUGAGGGCUCCACAGACCCAGGCCCUUCCAGACACUCGCCCACCAGGAGAAGGCUCCCAGGUCAGGCUGAGUCACCGCCACGGCCAGCAUUGCCAGGGAAGUGGGCCUCGGCUGCACCGGGCAGUUCUGCAGCAGAUGAGCGCGGCCUAGGCUUGGGGCCGGCCCCGCGGGCUGUCUUCACGCCCACGCCUCUACCUCACAAGCUUCUGGGCAGAAGCCCCGAGACUGGCGCCUCCCCCUGGCAGAAGGCCGAGUACCGAAGUCCCUCCAGCUCACCGGGCCCUGCUCAUCCUCUCUCCUUCCGGCCCUUCUGCACUCCCCACGACUUCCACGGCCACGUCCCAGCCCGGACAGAGGAGAACGUCUUCAGCCACCUCCCUCUGCACUCCCAGCACUUGGCCCGUGCCCCGUGCCCCUUGAUUCCCAUUGGUGGGAUCCAGAUGGUGCAGGCCCGGCCAGGGGCCCACCCCACCUUGCUGCCAGGGCCCACUGGGGCCUGGGUCAGUGGCUUCUCGGGAGGUGGCAGCGACCUAACGGGGGCCCGAGAGGCCCAGGAGCGAGGCCGCUGGAGCCCCACCGAGAGCUCGUCAGCCUCCGUGUCCCCUGUGGCCAAGGUCUCCAAGUUCACACUCUCCUCAGAGCUGGAGGGCAGGGACUACCCCAAGGAGCAGGAGAGGACGAGUGGGGGCCUGGGCAGACCUCCUGACUGGGAGCCCCCAGAGCCCACGCCCACAGACAGCUCCUGCACCCCACAGGAGGCCUUGCCCUGGCCACCCCAGGGCCACAGGGCAGAGCAGACCUGGAGCCCCUGCUUGGAGUCACCGCGCACUUUCGCCAACCCCAAGACCUCGGCCGCCCCGGCACUGGACCGCAGCAGCUCCACGGGCUGCUUGGCAGAGGCCUCCACGCGCUUCCCAGCUCGGAGGAGGAACCUUUCUGGGGAACCCAGGACCAGUCAGGGCUCCCCCGAGCCCUCAGGAAGUGGGGCACGCAGGGCACCUCCAGAGCAACCCGAGGACAGGGGCACCCCCAGCACUUAGUCUCUCCGCUGCUUCAGCAUCUGGCUUCCGGUGUCGGCAACAGACGUUUCCAGCCAACUUCCUCAAAUCCUCUUGCUCUCACGGGCCCGUUUCCAUCUGUCCAUCUGUGCAAGCAGCUUCUGCUCAGACCCCCAUCUGUUUUAUCUUUCAUGUAUGCAGUUACCUGUGCCUUUUUCUAUACCUUUUGUUGCUUGAAAAGAAACAACACACACACAUAAAACACCCCACUAGGAGUUGGAGGCUGUGAACAUUUCAUGCUUUUUGGGGUGUAGGUGAAACCUCACCCUCUGCUACUGCGGUCUGCAGACCCCACCCCCAAGGCCUGGCAAACAACGGCCAUUUGCUGAGGGGAGGGGGAUGCACUGAGGGGGGAAAAAAACUUUUAAAAAUAUAUCAUUAAAUGUAAAAGCCAACGCUCCUAUGUACAGAGGUUUAUGGUUCCUAUUUAUUGCCACUUUGCCCACCCCCCCAGCUGGUGGCCACCCCACUCUGCCAACAGAAGGGCUCGCGGCCCAAAGCAGAGGGGCUCAAACACGGCAGACCCAGAAAUACCGACUUUUUAUUGCUUUUUGUUUUCUCUCUUUUAUUUCUAAGAAAGGGAAAAUAUGUUACUUUUCUUAGGAUUUAAAUGCAAAAAAAUAGGAGCAGGUAGAAGGUAGGUGCUGGCUCCCCCAGGACUCUGAGAUACCCGCUUUGAUCUGGCGUUUGACCAGUGGAUGAUCCUCCUCUCCAGCGCCUCCCUUCUACACCCCCCCGCCACCCUACACCCUGGGCUGGGACAGGAGCCCUGACAGUCCACUUCCUGGUUCCAGAGCACCUGCCCUAGGCUUUGCUCUCUGGCCCUGUCCAUAGGCAGCCUUCCAUAUUCUAAAAACUACCCACAAGGCAGAAGGGGCAGGGCCCACCCCUUAGAGGUCAAGUUUGGCUGUGUCACCUUUCAGCUGCUGAGGCUGGAGUCUGAGUUUUGUUUCAUAUUUGGUCUCUGAGGUACAGGAGGCCCUCUUUUUUUUCAUGCUCAGACAGGGAUAUGUGUCUGAACCCCGUUGUAGCAGGACUGCUCCCUCCCUCCCUUCUCUACCCAAUACUGUCAGACUGCACCUCCCCCAGGAAAAUAUCCCAAACCAUGACUAGGGUGAACCACCUGGGCCUUUUGGUUGGCUUAAACUGUUUAAAAGAAAUAUAUAUAAAAGAAACUAGAAAGAGAGGAUGGCGUUUGAUUUUUCCCCUACCCUCCUCAGAUUCCCUUGACUCAGAAGAUUGAUUAUCCUAAGUCAUUUGAAUUCUUCUCCAGAGCUAGCAGCUCAGAGCUAGUGCCCUUUCCUUGUUCCCAUCUUCAAGAAGCUGCCCUGCAUUUCCCAGGGCAAAUCCUACUUUGUAGAAAAAUAAGAUGACCAAAAAUUAAAAUCCCAAGUUGAAAUAUGGAACUUGGACUCUAGCAUGUUUGCCUGCCCUAGGAGAGGGGCGGAAACCUUGGUGGCAUAGUGGUUAGAAGCUAUGGCUGCUAACCAAAGGUUCAGCACUUCGAAUCCACCAGGCGCUCCUUGGAAACCCUAUGGGGCAGUUCUACUCUGUCCUAUAGGGUCUCUAUGAGUCAGAAUUGACUCGAGGGCAACAGGUUUGGUUUUUUUUGUUUGUUUGUUUGGGGGGUGGGGGAGUAUUUGCAUCUUUCCAGAAAUGAUCUUUAGUUUCUACAAGGGGGUUAAAGCAAAAACCCAAGGACCAUGGCUGGCACACAUCCAGGCUAAUGCUGCUGCCACCACCUUACAGAGCAGGGGCCUCCCUACCCCCAGGUCCUCAGGAAGGCCCAUCCAAGGGCUCUUGAGCUGAUUAAGCUGUUUAGAUGGGACACAAUAGGAGAGGAGGGUUGAGACGCUUCCUGGCUCCCCAGGUAUGCCAAUAUCCCAUCUUCCUCUGGGCCAAGCUUGUCUACUCUUGGCCCCUUCUGAUGGACGGACCAGCCACAGGCCCCACCUCCAGCCAGACCACCUUGUUCAUUCUAUUAUGGCCUCACUCUGAGCUAAGACAGAGGGGACAAAACAGAAAGGUCUCCCCAGCUGCAGGAAACUAAGAGGUUAACUGUUCCCCAGUGAGCUGGGAGGGGCUAGCUGUAGCUCUGGGCUGCUUGACUCAGAGUCUGGGGCUCUUGCCAUCCUAGGAAAAGGUAGCCAGCCCAGCCUUGACCAUGUUGGCACUGAUGUGGCCUUCUCGGGCCUGGCAGGAAAUGGCAAGGAGCCUGGGUACAGUCACUCCGCAGGCCAGGGCUCUUCUCGUCGCCUGUCUUGCAGCCUGAACCUGUGGGGCUACCCAAGAAUUAGACUUCAAGAGCUGAGGGCAGGGCAUUGCUUUAGCCAGGUUUGGAACCGUCCUGAACAAGACCUUCUGCAGGACUAGCACCUGAUCUGGAAUAGCCAUGCCCCUCCACCCCUGCCCUGCACCCCCAGUUCUCCUGGUCAUCGUCCCGCCUGUACUUGAACAGCCCACUCACCAAAGAUGUCCUUGCCUGGGAAGUAUGGCCAGCAGGGGAGAGCCCCACAGUCUCAGAGACAUUGGUCACAGGCAGAGUGGAUGUAGCAGGAGCCAGGAGAUCCAUGUUUGAUGAUGCACAAACAGAAUCCAGCCCAUGGGCUGCUGCCCAACACAGGUGCCCAGAGGGAGAGGUCGAAGCCAUCAGCGUGGGGUGUAUGUCACUGGGCAUAGCUCUAACCUCCUCUGCCAAACUCUAUUUCUGCUUCCCUGAGCACAGAGCUCCAAGACCAUGCUCAAAUCUUUGUAAUUUGGAAGACUUACCCAUGCCCUCUCCCAGACACCCCUGGCCUGCUCCCACCCCCUUUCACAUUUCCAGUCUGCCUGUGAUGCUCCUGUCCCUGCCAAGGGGAGCAGUGGAGGCAGCAGUGCUGAUCUGCUGGCAGGAAAACCUGAAAGGUGUGGGGACACAGGAUGGCCCUUUCUGGGUAGACCAGCUCCACCCUUUGAGUGUUGGCAGUAGGGAGGAACCAAUUCCCCACGGGGUUUCAGGACCAAACCUUGCCUUCUCUUGGGGACUCCAAGCUACUUGCCCCCUGGGCCUGCCUUCCAGGAUGCCCUUUACUCCUGGAAAACUCAGGGCCAUUCCGGGUACUAACUCCAUUUAACUCCAUUCCUCCUCGAGGGCACCUUUCCCCAGGCCUGCCCCCUCCUGCCCACCCACUCCAUGGCAUACACUCUGGCCCCAACCACUGAGACCCUCCAGGAGCCAGAUGUAGAGGUCCCUCUGCCUCCCUCAGUCGGAAACAGUCUGAAAGAAUUCGCUUCUAUGUUCCUCUAGCCCCUGCUCCGCUCUCACUGGUUCGUCUGGAAUGGGAAUAAGCAAUAUAUCUGAGCUGAGUUUCUCUCUAGUUCUUUCUCCAGGCAAAUCCCUCUUUAAGCCAACGUCGGGGCCGAGCAGACAUCCAUAAGACGGCCCUGCAGUACUGACCAGAAGGAGAGCAUUUCCGAAGGCCUGCCCCACAAAUUCUGCUUCUCUGUUGUGAAUCCAGUCUGCUUUCCAUUAGAAAACUGCUUCGGCACUUACGAUCACUUUACUACACUUAGUGUUAAAAAAGAAAAGAAAGAAAAACAGAAAAGAAAUGUAUAGGCAAAUGUAAGAUACACGCUCUCUGUAAGAUAAAUAUUUGCCUUUAAAAAAAAAAAAAGUUGUAUGUAUUCUGUCCGUGAAAUCGUCUAUUCAGAGUGUCUA